AUGCUCGCCCCGCCGUUUCCCUCAACCCGUAAAGCAGCCACCCUGUUCCUUUCAAUCACCGUCUCACUACUAAUUUCUCUGCUUGAAUUCCCGAAAGGAAUCAUGGCCAUCGCUUCUCCUGAUUACAUGACUGAUUACAGUUUAUCAUCGAAAUAUUGCUACAGCUGUAUGUCGGAGUCAUUUCUUAUCCACUGGGCCUACUUGGAUGAGGUCUACUACCGUCCACUGAAUUUCACCGAUCAUUGCUAUUCAAUUCCAUCAAAAGUGAGCAUUGGGAUGGUGCCUUGCAGUCAUUCGAUGUGUGUCACUGUCAUUGAGCCGAGAAUACUUGCUGGUCAACACGUCGGCAACAAUAUCAUUCGCGGUUGUUUUUCGAGUGUUUUCAAAUAUGGUGCCACUCCUCGCACACAACCAUCACAUGCAAGUGACACUUCUUGUACACGAAUGCCGGCGAAUCGCCUCUUGCCACCGCAUUUAGCCGCUCGAAGUAGUAAUCGUUCCGUGGAACUUUGUUGGUGUAUGGGACAACUGUGCAAUGAUUAUCCAUCUGUUCCGAUCAAUCAAGCAAAUAGAUAUUCUCUUCCAUUUUUGAUAUCAUUGAUGGUGUUUCUAUUCCUCCUCCUUCGG